UGUAUUUGACGUGGGAUGACUGAGUGGUUUCUGUUCCCCCAGGCUGAGGCUGAAGUGGCUUCCCUCAACCGCCGUAUCCAGCUGGUAGAGGAGGAGCUGGACCGUGCCCAGGAGCGUCUGGCCACUGCCCUGCAGAAGCUGGAGGAAGCUGAGAAGGCGGCUGAUGAGAGCGAGAGAGGCAUGAAGGUCAUUGAAAACAGGGCCAUGAAAGAUGAAGAGAAGAUGGAACUCCAGGAAAUGCAGCUGAAGGAGGCGAAGCACAUAGCAGAGGAGGCUGACCGCAAAUAUGAGGAGGUUGCCCGCAAGCUGGUUGUCCUUGAGGGAGAGCUGGAGCGCUCAGAGGAGAGGGCAGAGGUGGCAGAGAGCCGAGUGAGACAGUUGGAAGAAGAGCUGCGGACCAUGGACCAGUCUCUCAAAUCCCUCAUUGCCUCAGAGGAAGAGUAUUCCACCAAGGAGGAUAAGUAUGAGGAGGAAAUCAAGCUUCUAGGGGAAAAGCUGAAGGAGGCUGAGACCCGAGCGGAGUUUGCAGAGAGGUCUGUGGCGAAGCUGGAGAAAACCAUUGAUGACCUAGAAGAGCGCUCUCAGCGGGAGGCCGAGAAAAACCGUGUUCUCACUAACGAGCUGCGGGUCAUCCUUACUGAACUUAACAACUGAGCUGCCCAGAGCUCCUGGCCCCGGCCCAGCCUCCCUGCCCCAUUUUGGCCAGGCUGGCUCUGGGCUGGGAGCCCCUCCCUACCUAGGGUGAGGCAGGGUGUGAAGCCUUGCCUUAUCCUCAUAGGGAUAACUACCCUGCUUGGGCAGGACAGGGAGCCCCUCUGGAGUUGAUCAGUCUUGUGAGAGAAAUAUGAAGGGUUUUUUGAUGUCCUGGGAUUCCCACAUAGUGAUGGCUGUCCUCUGGCAUCAUCCUGGCUCUGCUGGGGAGGGAUGCAGAGGUUUGUAUUGCUGCCUUUCUCCCCUUGUCCCAGGAGUCACUGGGCAGCCUCUUCUUCCUCACUCUGGUCACUCCAAACUGUGCAGGGAGGAUCCCCUUAGAAAGAGGUCCUUGGAGGGUGUUGGGAAGGCUGAGGAAGAAGCUGGGGAUCCAGCAGCACCUGCUGCCCCGAACUUGGGACAGGGAAGAGGCUAGCAGGGCACACUGCAAGAUGGGGCUGGGUGGACAGCAGUCUUGUUCCAUCCCCAUCUCUGGGGGAAGUAGGAUGCCAUUUUGAAGUGCACACCAGAGGGAGGCUGCCUUGGCAGCAGGCUGCCUGGCAGAGCUUAUCCUUGUAGCCUUGUUAGCUCUGCUCCUUAUCUCUCUGUUGUCCUCUGCCCACUCUCCUGGGCUGUUAAUGGGCUGUUUUCUCACUCCUUUUCUUCAUGGAGCACUGCUGGGUCAUGCAGCAGGCACUGGUUCUCCGCUUCUGCUGGCCAAGGUUUUGUGCACGUGCCCACAGCUGGCCAGUGGUGAUGCCCCAGUGCCUGGCCAAAUAAUGGUACUCACCAGCGGCACCUAAGCUGCAGAGUGCUCAGCCAUGGGCAGUGGGGUAUCCUGGGAAGAUGGAAAUGCUGAAGAGUGGUAACUGCCUGUGCCAGUGACCAGCCUGACUGGCCUGGCUUCCCUGGCAGGUCCCAGGGUGGCUGGACUCAUCCCUGCCAGAAGUGGGGCUACUUGUGGGGACUACACUCCACAGGGGACGCCCCGUUUGACUGGAGGCCAUUGCUGUACUGAAAUGUCCAUCUGUGUGUGUGUGUCUGUGCUUGGUGUGGUGUGUGUGGGUCCUGCUGCACCUGGGUACAUUUGGGUUGUGUCUGUGUGUGUGGCUGGGUGUCCCUUGUGU